CACUGGACCAACAAGGCGUAUCGAAUUUCUCCGGUGCCUUCUUCUACAUCGUAACGGAGCAAGUAUACGGAGCUUCCAUGCCAGCCAUCAUGUCCGUGCCAAUGGAGCUCCCUAUCGUAUACCGUGAGUACGAUAUCGGUCUCUACUCCGUUGCAUCGUGGUAUGCGGCAAAGAACCUGUGUGAGCUGCCUCAGCAGGUUAUUCUCCCUAUUAUCAGCCUGUUGCCGCUGUAUUUCUUAGUGGGAAUUGGCCACGACUUCAGCAUGUACAUCCAGAUGCAACUCGUGCUGAUACUGCUGCACAGCUCGUGUGUGGCCUUCGGUUACUGCAUUUCGUGCGUCUGUCGACGUAUCGACAUCGCCCCACUCGCAGGGAACAUCGUGCUGAUGCCUCUUCUGUUACUUGGUGGUCUCUUCAUCGACCCGAGUGACGUGCCUGGUGUGCUGCGCUGGGUUCAGUACAUCACGCCUUUCCGGUAUGGUUACUACGGCCUCAUGCGCGUAUUCUGGCGACAAGUUGACGAGAUCUCGUGCGACGACGUUGCUGGAGCGUCCUGUGCUGCCACUACGGGGCUCGAGGUGCUCGCGAACAAGGGCAUUUCCAACAGAUCCGUUGCUUCAGACUUGCUGCUGCUCUUGGCAUUGAGUGUUGGAUUCCGAGUCAUCGGUUAUGUUGCGCUAGCAAUAAAUGUAGGGAAGCGAAAAUAAACUGGAACAUGCUAUUUUAUUUUUCUUACCAA